AUGCCGGUGUAUGCCAAGUUUAUGAAGGACUUGGUGAUAAAGAAGAGAUCGAUAAACUGUGAAACUAUCAAGAUGACGCACCAAGUGAGUGCCAUUGUACAUUCCAUGGCCCCAAAGCUAGAAGAUCCUGAUGCAUUUACUAUUCCAUAUACCAUUGGGAGUGUGGAUUUUGCAAAAGCCUUGUGUGAUUUAGGAGCAAGUAUAAAUUUGAUCCCAUAUUCUGUGUUUAAAACAUUUGGGAUUGGGAAACCUAGACCCACUUCUAUGCGACUGCAAAUGGCUGAUAGAACAAGAAGAGUUCGCUUGAUGACUAUGAGGGUGGGUGAUGAAAAAGUUGUGUUCCCUGUCUGCAAAUCAAUGAGGCAACCCAAUAGCAACAAAGUAUGUUCCUUUGUUGAUCUUGUGAACGAGGUGAUCGUUGAAGAUACUAAUGUUGUGAUAAAUGUGGAGGACCCUUUGGAAGCUGUGUUGUUGAACUAUGAUGUAGAGGAUAACGAAGGCUUGGUUGAAUAUGUCAAUACUUUGCAAGGAAUGGAUUCAUACACAUAUGAGCCCUAA